UCAUUCUCAGCCGUCCAUUCCGGUGAAAAGAAAACCCUAUACUAUAUGCCGUUUAGAAUCGAAUUCCGCAUUCCAACUCCUAAAAGAAAGGCGGAGGCUUUUUUGUCCCUUUCUCAUUCUCACUUUCUCGGAAAAUCUCCUCCCAUUUUCUAUCUGCAAAUUUAACAAAGCUCCUUUAAGUUUUAAGGCGUUGCACAUGGCGGAUGAGACGACGAUCGCGAACGGUGUCGCUUCAGAGAAUGACGAUCAGACGGCUGAGAGCUUCUACGAUGUUGAUCAGCGUGAGAACGAAGCCAAGCUGAAGCGAAAGAUCGAAGCCUUAGAGAAGGAGAGAUUCUCCCUGGACAAUGAAAACAAAGAAAUCAAAGAUCAGAUGCUGCAAUUGACGGCGGAGAUCGAAUCACUGAGAUCCGGAGAGUCCGAGCUGAAACUCAGGCUGGAAGCAAUAGGGAAAGAGAUGGAGCAGUCGGAGGAGGGGAAGAGAGCGUUGGAAUCCAUUGCUAACAGAGCUGUGCAACUCGAGACAGAGGUCUCCAGGCUCCAACAUGACUUGAUUACAUCGAUGAGCGAAGGUGAGGAGGCGAAUGCUGAAAUUUCUGAGCUGAAGAGGGUACUGGGAGAAAAGGAAGUGAAGCUUGAGGAGUUGAAGAAAGAGAAAAUGGAGACAGAAAAGAAAGUUAGGGAACUGGAGAGAAAGAUUGGGGUUUUGGAAGUGAAAGAAAUCGAGGAAAGGAGUAAGAGAGUAAGGAUUGAGGAGGAAAUGAGAGAGAGAUUAAGUGAAAAAGAGAAAGAGAUAUUUCAGUACAAGGAUAGAUUCCUGGAACUGGAGAAGGAGGUGGCAGAGAAGGAGAAGAAAUUGAGGGCCUCGGAGGAGAAGGUGAGGGAAAUGGAAGAGAAGAUGGUGGAGCUACAGAAGGAGGUGGAGGAAGCAGAAAAGGUGAUUGGUGGAGUGAAGGAGAGGACUGUAGAUGCAAUUAAUGGCAUUCAAGUUGAGGGCAUAGAUAAGUGGUCUAAUGGGCUGAAGAUGCCGUGGCCGGUACUGGCUGUGGGUUCAACAGGUGCUAUCGCUGCCGCAGCUGCUGUGGUUUAUGUUUGCUAUGCUAGGCGGACGUAAUUGAGAGGUUAGGGUUUGUUCAAUACCCAAAUAAAAAACAAAAGAAAAAGAAUAUAUUUCAAUUUUGUUAGGUGGGAUGUCAUUUUGCUUGGCCUUGUUUUUCAGCUUAUUAAUGGUCGUGCCGUCGUGGUUUACACUAAUUUCUGGCGUGUUUCUGAAGUUUAAUGGCUUGAUUUUUUUUGGGAGUACUAAAUUAUUCAAUAUACUUUAGAGGAGUUACUUGACAUCGGUUUAGUUGCAGCUAUUAGGUGCCAUUGACAUUUUCUGUCAGUAGGGGUACUUUAUCUGCCUUAAUAUUUGUCUUUGUGGGUGUCCUUUUUAGUUUUUAUUAUGAACUUAGUUAAGAUAUAGUUAGAUGCUGGAAACUGAUAGCAUAUAAAGAAUGAUAGAACUCUGUUUCCAAAUGAGUGGUUUAUUUUGUAGUGAUAUAGUGAUCCUUGAUUGCUUGUUGAACACGAACCAUGUCAAUUGCAUAGAACGCUAUUUGAUGGAAUAAAAGCGUAUAUUAUUUCA